CAAAAAGCUUAUAAAUUUGCUUUCAUAGCAAACAAACAAUCCUUCAGAUAGGACUAUAAAUGGUGACCCGUGUGGAAAAUCGCCCCAGUUACAUGACAAAUAUAUCAAAGAGAGAUUUUUCCUAAAGGAGAAGAUAAUUCUAUUGCUGAGGACCACAGAAGACCAACAUGUUGCGACUUAUUUGUGUACUGGCCUUGGCCACAUGUGCUACAGCACAGAUAUUCAAUCUCUUUGGGAACCACGAACAUUCUGAACUCGGUUCCUUCAGGUUCUUUUAUGACCCGACAUCGCACUACAUCAUAGGAAGAACCAUGCACAACUGCUACUUCAUGAGUCUCGGCGCUAACGAACAGCACGAUGUCCAUACUAACACGGGACUGGAAGCUUCCGAGCUGAAGAUGAUUCAAAUGAUUGGAGGUGGGGAAACAGAAAUGACAUCAGACCAGAUUCUACAUCAUGCUCACGUGGUUGACUACAUGUGCCGCAAUCAUAAAUUGUACAUGGUCGGUGAGGUAUCUACGCGGCCCCCUGUCAUGGUUACUACACCGUUGGUUGGAGAACAAUAAUGGUUACAGACACUGACCUAACUUAUGUUCAAAACAGAUGUUUGUUGGUUUAUUAUGUAAUUAUGUAAUAAAAUUGUCUUCAGAAACAAA